AUGGCAGUUUGUGCAGCUCCCACGUGCGGAAACGAAACCCUGUCGCAGCUCAAAUGCCCAGUUUGUCUCAAAGACCAUAUUGAGUCGGUUUUUUGCAACCAGUCAUGUUUCAGAGCCGGCUGGGCCGUCCAUAAAGCCGUCCACCCAGCGGAAGACGGCCAGCCGUUUGAUCCGUUCCCUAAUUUCAACUACUCGGGCCCCUUGAGAGCCGCUUACCCGUUGUCGCCUCGCAAAAGUGUCCUUAAAGACAUGAAGAAGCCAGACUACGCUCAGCAUGGGAAACCAAUCAGUGAAAUGAAAAACGACAGAACAGGCAAGAUCACCAUCUUGCAGGAGCACGAGAUCAACAAGAUGCGCAAAGUGGGCAAGAUCUCAAGACAAGUGCUCGACAAAGUAGCAUCUCAUAUCAAACCAGGCGUCACUACAGAUGAACUUGACGCCAUUUUGCACAAGGAGUGUGUUGCCAGAGGUGCAUACCCUUCGCCGCUUAACUACUACAAUUUUCCUAAAUCCAUGUGUACUUCUGUGAACGAGGUGAUUUGCCAUGGUAUUCCUGACCAGCGGAAGCUUGAAGAUGGAGAUAUUCUUAAUUUGGAUAUCACGAUAUACUUGUAUGGCUACCACUCGGAUCUUAACGAAACGUACUAUGUGGGCGACAAGGCCAAGUGUGAUCCAGACAUCGUGAGGCUUGUGGAAACCACCAGAGAGGCAUUGGACUUGGCUAUUUCUAAGGUUAAGCCAGGGUUGAUUUUCAGAGAAUUGGGCUCUGUCAUCGAAGACCACGCCACCAAGAACGGCUGCUCCGUCGUCAGAACAUACUGUGGCCACGGCAUCAACCAGUUGUUCCAUUGCCAGCCUAACAUCCCUCAUUACGCUAAGAAUAAGGCUAUUGGUAUUGCCAAACCAGGUAUGGUAUUCACCAUUGAGCCCAUGCUUUGCCUCGGCACGCAUAGAGACUUGACGUGGCCCGAUGGCUGGACGGCAGCGACCCAGGACGGUAAGUAUUCUGCCCAGUUUGAGCAUAUGAUGUUGGUGACGGAAGAUGGAUGUGAGGUGUUGACUGCGAGAGCUGACGACUCUCCAGGCGGACCUGUGAAGAGGAUUUAA